AUGGACAACUCUGUAGGGCUUUAUUCUGGACAUACACGAUGCGCUGUCGCAGUUAUUUCCAGGUUCACUAUCACGCCAACUAUGAUACUUCACUCAGCCGACAACUCGUCGUUUGUAAUACAGCAUGAAAACAAACUUUCAAAAGCGACAGAGUUGACAAGAGUCAUAUUACCGCCGGUAUUUGUAAAUUCCUUAGCUCGGGACGUGUUUGCUGCUGUGGUUGAUGUGUUACCUCGUGAGAAAGCUUUACGUCUAAUGCUGGACUGGAAGACGAACAGUCGUAACUACGACAGUGAACUGGAAAUGGCGGUAGCGGAACCUCAGCUGCACACGGCCAUGCGAUUCUUGCUGGAGCAGGCUGGCAUCAUAAUAGAAGAACAUGAAAGGCUACCAUGGCGAAAGGAAAAACCAGCAGAGUAG